AUGUGCAAUUCUUGGCUACUAACAAUAGUUAUAAUUGGAUGCUUAUGGAAUUCCCAGCCUCUAGAAUCAGUGAAAUCAUGUCCAGCCGAAUGCAUUUGUCUAUCUCAGACGCAAGUCCUUUGUAACACUGGCGGACUUGAACAGAUUCCAUUACGGCAAUUGCCAUCGACUGUGGAAAAUCUCGCUCUAACCAAAAACAAUUUCCCAGUCAUAAAACCGGAUUCGUUUGCCGGUCUGCGAGCAUUGAAGAAGCUUUCACUGGAUGGUAAUAAUAUAACGAAAAUCAAGCAAUUCGCAUUCAGAGGACUGCCACGUCUGAAAGAGCUUUCUAUUCAAUAUACUCCGUUACAGACGGUUUCACAAUUUGCAUUUGCCGGCCUGCAAAAUCUGUCGACCAUCCUGCUGAGCCAUAAUCAAAUUAUCCGAAUCGAAGGCAAUGCAUUCGCAGGCACCUCGAAUGUUAAAUUAAUUCUACUCUCGAACAACCCCAUGCUUCGAAUUGAAACGUCCGCCUUUUCUGGCCUCACCAGUGUCGGUCAUUUGAUUCUGCCAUCAGGCAUACGCAUCAUCGAACCGGACGCCUUCUACGGCAUGGAUACUGUUGGUCUGCUAAAGCUAUCCUAUAUGGAUCUGCGUGAGCUGGCGCCCUACACAUUCCGCGGCUUAUCCAAUGUUCUGCUGCUGACCCUGCAAGAGUCCGAUCUGGGAGUUGUCUGUGCGGAUGCUUUCAGCGACCUCAAGCAAGUGGAAACACUGCAAAUACUCAACAAUAAAAUUGAUGCUUUCGAGGAGCUCAACAUUACCUACACGCAACAGAUAAAGUUCCUUAAGUUGCAGGGCAACCAUAUCCUAGAGACACCCGAUCCAAAUUCAAUUAUUCUGGAUGGCGUGGACAGCCUUUCACUGGUGAACAACCACUUUCCCUGUGGCUGCCACAUACACACGCUGCUAGAUGGUCCUUUGGUCGAGGGUGCCUAUAACCAGAGCGAUUUCUUGUCGAAGAACUUUUGCAUAUCGCCGCUGGAGGUGAACGGCAAAUCUAUGAGCGAGUUGGAUCUGGACUCGAUUGGCAGGUGCCAGGACCAUGUGACAAAGGGCAAUCUCGGAUCAUCUUCAAUGACACUAAAUGUAAAUGAGAUGCUGACUCUGAUAGCCCUGUCGAUUUACUACCUCGCAAUACACACGUUCCACUGGAGGAGGUGGUUUCUAUUGUUGCACUCGAAAAAAGAUUGCAUGACGAACAAGAAAUCAUCAUUGUCCUUUGAAGAUGCCAACAACGACAACGCUAACGCCAACAACGACGUUCGAGAAGAAAACGUCACUAUCGUUGCCACAAAUAAAAACGAAACUGACGCUGUCGCUGAUGCUGACGAGGAAGAUGGCAGUGGCAAUGGUGAUGACGAUUCCGUAGCCGAAGGAUGUGUUACAAGGACGAUUUGUCGUCGUCGUAGUAGGAGUCGGAGUCGAAGUCGCAUUCGCAUUCCCAUUCCAAUUUCAAUUCCGAUUCAGAUUCGCAAUUGUCCUUUGCGUUGCUGUUGCUGUUGCGGAAGCCGUAGCCCAUACCAUUGCUUUAGGUAUUGCCGCUGUCACUGUCGUCUUUGUCAUGUAGAUAGUUCUCCUAGCUGUCAGAAACUUUCGAUGAAUAUAAAUAAUACUGGAUGCAUCGUUAAGUUGUAGCAAUGACAAUGGCAAUGCCUUCCAAUCGAACGUUAAUCGAAUUUGGAUCGAGUGCGUUUGUUGUUGCUUUUUUGUUUGUGUGUUGUACAGUUUAAGUUUGUGAAUAGAUUUUUUUGUUGUUGUA